AAGGGCAGCGCGGGAGCGGCUGUGGGGCUUUGUCCCGCCCGGCCUGACCCCUUCGCCGGGUGCCGCCCGAGGGUCCCCGGGCUCCGCUCCACAGCCCCGGGACACGCUGCCAGCAACCCCUCCGCUCAGCCCCGCUCGGGAAUUAGCACAACAAAAGGCUGUGGGACACCCGCGCCAGCUGCCGCUUGGGGCUUCAAUGAUGUAAAAUAAUUCACACACACACACACAAAAAAAGGAAAAACGCUCAAAAACACACACACGCAACCCGCGGCUGUGCGAGGGGAUUCAGCGAACAAAGAGUAAAAUCCGGCCCCUCAGAGAUCCCGCAGCGCUCUGGUGUCAGAGGGUUCACUGAGCCAAUUCCGCACACCUGCGCUUAGUUAAACUAUUUAAUGUUUAAAUUUAAAGUAUUAAAAAUAGCGUAGAGGGAUUUUUUAUUUCAUGUCAAAAUACAGGCAAAAGCUUCCGCGGGUUUAAACUGCUGCUGUGGGAACGCAAAGCCCCUGGCAGCAGCUGCAGUUCGUGUUUAUAUUCACAUCCUCUUACUUAUCCUCAAAAUAUAAUUUUACACCCAAACCCACAAGAUUUGGCCUUUACAAUUAUAGGGUGAACAAACAUUAAAUAUAUGUUAAAAAUUUGCAGGUUUAAGAGUGCUCCCUGCCCACUGCUGAGGGGCCAAUUGAGCACUGUACACCACAGUAAGGGCCAAAAAAAAAGAAUUUCCGAAGAAAAUGGAAAAGAACUAGCUCAGUUCCAGCACCACUAGAUCAAAGCAGCAGUUAAAACCAACACAUGAACAUUCAGAUUUUUUUAUUUUGAGGUACAGGCAGACCCCUUGGGUUCCUUGAGUUACCCUGCAUUUUUAGCUACAAAAUGGAAAAAGCUACUCUUUGCUCUUUUAUCCCUAAAACAUCUAAACCAGAAGUGUUUCCUUACUGAUCAGCACCUGGUGUUACGGGGCUGUGACCCACCCCAGGGUCUUCAGGCACUACCAGGAUAAGGUAAAGGAGUUUGUAUUUGUUAUGCAGUUAUUAAAAAAACUGCAUAACAUGUUUAAUACAUGAGAUGUGUUGACAUACCCAAGCCCUGACCUUUGUUCAUAUUCUUUAUUGUAUGUUUGCACAAACCAAGCUGAAAUUACUUUGUUUUCCUCCCUUUGCUUUGGAUUUUUUGGCACAAUGUUAUGGCUGAGAUCCUUGUAGCAGCUUUCAUUUUAGAUAGAAGACAACAAUAUCUGUUGUAGCCAAACCAUUAAGCCUUGAAAUUCCACUGAUUAUCUCAAGCAACUCUCUUAUAAUGCACAUCAGCAGAUUUUUGCUUUGGUUCUAUCUUUGGUUUAUUUCUGCUGAAACAAUCUCAUCUCAGUGUGUAGAUGUUUUCAAGUCAGGACAUGUCACUGGGAUUAAAAAACAGCAUUUUACAGGCUGCAAACGUGCUCCCUUGUCUGGGGAGCAGAACAUCCAUAUACUUUUCAAUCCAGAUCAAGGAUGACACAAGGUCUGGCAGUUUUUCCUCACUGUCUUUGAGAGUUCAAAAAACAUCUCGUCUUUCAGAACUGGUUUCGGGGUCGGGCUGACACAUUUAGCCUGACAGGAGCAGGAAAUGUCAGGGAUAAACCAAUGCUGUACUUGUGCAGGGGCUGUUCCGCUGAAGCACACUUGGAACCCAGUGACUGCAGUAAAUUGUGUUGUUCAGAGUUCAAAAUUCACAAAGGGGUAUUUUUAAAAUCAAAAGGACAGGCAGUCCAGAAUAUCCCGAACACCACAAUGCCCAAAUUGCAGUUACCCGUGUUUUACACUUCAGCUGUUGAAGCCUCGGGCUGGUUUUCAAUCUUGCAACGGAAGAAAAGGAGAUAUUCCCAGAGCCAUGGUAACCCUGAUAGGGAUAGAAGCUCUCAAAUUCCUACCGUGUCCUGAAGACACAGCACAGACUGAAUCCAGGGUUCAGUCCCCCUUAUCAUCAAAAUCUGAGAUUCCUUCAAGAGAAGCUACUUCGCUCCUUCAAACAAUUAUUUUUAACCCCUCUAUUUUUUCCAAAGGCCUCAACAUAAGACUUCUUGCUCCAAAGCCUGUGACACUACAGUCCCCUCAGGUACUCACAGGUAGUCUGAGGUAUUUUAGCUGCCUCCAGGACCAUGUUGUGCCCACCCUUCAUACCCACACAGCCCUCCAGCUGCCACAGACCAAGCUCCAGAGCCAGGGCAGUGCUUCCAAACCCGACUGUGCUGUGCCACGUGGGGACACGCACUCAGUGACCUCAGCUCCACUACCUCCUCUCACAACAUGUACAUGGUUUUUCUAUUGUGCAAGUGUCUGCUCUGUCAGGAUUAUUCUGCUUCCUCAUGUAAUCCAAGGCUUGCUGCAACGAGUACAGACUUUCUUCAUGUUCCCAGGGAGCCAGUUUCUGCAUUACCCAAAUCCUCCUCAUCUCCCCACUGUAUUUUUGCUGCCACGGUGACAACAAUUCAAGCUUUUCCCUGGACACUGCUAUUUUUCACUCAGCAUCUCCGUUCCCUCUCACAGCAAAUGUUAAUCCAGCCCAGGGAAGCAGCUCCAUCUGUGCUGGCACUGCCACAACCAGCACUUUGAACCGAAGUUCCAGUGAAGACAAAGUCCCUGGAGCUUCAUUAGCCCCAAACUGAGCCUCUUCCAGCUGUGGCUGGGAUGGGUCUCACCACGUUGGAGCAUCUACACGUUCGUGUGUUUGUGGAAUGCCAAAACUCCCGCUGGAGGGUUUCAGUGGAAUUACCUGUGGUGGAUCCUGCAGGAAGUCAGCAGCACGGAUGAAUCAUUUGUUAAGUUAACAGUGAACCGUUGCCCCAGUUCUGUUUUACAGUGACAAGUUGCUGGCACUACGUCACUUUUAGUAAGCCCAAGAUGUUUACUUUGUACAGCUAUCAGAGCCCCAUGACACACUUGAAACUAGUCAGACAUUUCCAUCUGAGUCAAACAUUAAGCAGGGUUUCAAUCCAUCCAAGUUUCCUCGUGUGAGAAAUGUGUUGAGUUUGUAUUUUCUUGAAAAUCUGCAUGAGAUCAUUGAGUAUACAGUAAUGUUUAGAAUAUCCUUUAUUCUGUCAGGCAGAGGACUCCUGUUCCUCCUUCAAAUAAAGCUCAGGAAAUCCACAGCAACGAUCUACAGGAACUGGGUGGAUAUUUGAAUCUCUGCAGAGUAAAUAGAGAAGAGGAACAAGAACCCCAACGAUGCAAUAAACUUACGUACUUUAAUUGUUUAAAGCUCCUCAUAAGAACAUUAAAUAAAACAAAAGCAGGAGACCUAAUGAUAUUUUCUAUGUAUCUGUAGACAUGAAUUAAGUCAGUGUCCACCAGUACCUGGGGUACAUCAGCUCCAGAAAAUGACAUCUGAACUCCAUGAAUAAAAGCACCUCCAGGCACAACUCCCAAGUCACACCCUGUGUGUUUUCUGUCUCAACAGCUCCCAUUCAAACUCCACCAGCCCUGCAUCACAGAACCCUGCAGGACCCUUCAGCCCCUUUAAAUCAAGACGCCUGGUUCACAUCCUAUCAGCAGGGAUAAGACUGCCACCCUCAACCCUCCUCCUACAGGGCAGCAGAGGAGUUUCUGCAGCAGGAACAGCUCACCUGGGGCACAGGAAGACCCCUUGGACAGGCCCUGUUUGCUCCCAGGAGCAGAAUAAGUCUGGGGUUAUUUUUUUCUGAGCAUUUCCUCUAAGAGUGCAAUAUAAAGUCACUCACCUGGCUCUGAGUCACACCUUAUCAAGGUGAGCAGUGCCUCCACUCCCUGCCCUGUCUGGGCCACCCAGUUUUCAAAUUCAGCUUCAGCAAACACAACAGUCAGAGAAAUACAAGCAAGUCCUCCCACAAGGCACAGACACCCUUCCUGCCAGGGCUGGUGUCUGAGUGUCCCAUCACAUGAGCUGUGUCCCAACACAGCCCUGGGGUGUUCCCUCUGCUCUGCAGACAGACACACCACUACUGAGCAACACCAAGCUCACAGUCCCUUUUCCCCAGUGCCUGCACAGCAUUUCCUCGACCCUUUCCCCCAACACGCUGCAGGACCAGAGAUGGCAGCUCACCAGACACAGCCCCAGCCCCUCCUGCACCCCAGGAAGAUGGGCACCCAACAGCCAGACACCUCUGCAGCCAGGGCUACUACCUGUGCAAGGCCCACAAGGAAAGCAUCCCUUCCCAAGGCCGUCUGCCCACUUGCCAGUUCUGCUCAGCCUUGGGAGGAUCCAGUUCAGCUCCUGGCAGCAAGGCCAGGAGUGCAAAGUGCUGCCAAGACUGCCCCAAAGAGCUCAGCAAACCUCUGCACCACUGUCUGUGCAACAGCUCAGUCACACCUGAAUGUGCUUCUGGCUUAAAUGCCAUAAAACCAGGUACACUGAAUUCAGGUAAUGCCACCCAGCUGAGCCAGAGGCCACUGAAAGCCAAUCCCCUCCCCAGUUUCUGGUGUUCCUUCAGUUCCCAGCAGUUAUGAUUUGGCUGUGCUUCUGCUUGGGGCCAGCAGAUAAAAAAAGGCAAAAGCAGAAUGGGAGGGUAAAGCUGAUCCCUGACCCCAGAUGUUGACCCUGAGUGUUCCCAAAGCAGGGCUAUUCCCACCUGGAUUAGCUGCAGCCGAUGCCAGGGGGAAAAAUCCAAGCUAAAUAAAAAGCCCUUACAUUACAAGUCAUCUUUAACGAUUUUCCUUUACCCUGUCAGGACAAUUUUUGCCAUAAAUGAGACUCAAAAUACAAACUUUUAACUAUGCUGCUAUAAUAAUGUUUCUUUCCUGUAACACAGACUGCUGUGACACAACAGUUCUGCCUGCAGACAGAGGAAACUUGGGUCCAUAUUUCACAGAAUCCUGCUGGAUGUGAAGCUGUGUCAGAGCAGGGAAUGGUUUGGGACUGAGAGCUGCUUUUUGUACUCAGGAAUAGUAUAAAGCAUCUUCCUGUUUCUCACUUGUUCCUUACACUCUCGUAGUUGUUCCUGCAAAGGAAAAUUUGUCAGUUCGUGGGAACUGAAAUGGAAGCCCUUAUUUUUUGAGACCGAGCUGAUAACCCACCUCUUCUCCUCCGCUUACACAACAGCACGAGAGGCCUUUCACUGUUAUUGUGGUUUCCACACACGAGAUCCAGAGAGGGGCUUCCAAACCCGCCCAGCCCUGAGCAGCAUCUAAAGGGUCAGGCAGAUCCCUGCAGUGUCCAAGCGCCCCGGUGAGCUGGGAAUCCCCUUUUCCCGGCCAGGGGCCGAGGGGAAGCGCUGGGUUCCCAAUUCUGCCUCUUUUCUCAAGCCUUCACACGCCGAUGCCCCGCGAGCGCUGCAGGUUUCCCUGGAGAGGGCAGCCGAGCAUCGCUGACCGCCCGAGCUCCGGCUGCCGGGAACCCCCCUGGGCCACAAAUAACGGCAGAGGGCAAAGAGGCAAAGCAGGAUUCGGAGAGCACGAGGUGUAACUGCUGUUCAAAACCAUCCCAGAAUGGGGGAACUGGGACCCAAGCAGGAGGGAAGGCUGAGCUCCCACCUGGAGAAGGCAGGUUGCUGGUGCUGAGAAGGGGCUGUGGGAUGGCUCUGUAGGGUGGCAGAGCAGGGUAAAGUGCGUCCAGGGGCCAAGGAUCACGUCUUUGCUUUGCAUCCUGCACUGUGUGUGCUCCCCACUGCAGCGUGGAUGGUCUGUACACAACCAUAUGUGGCCAAUUCCUCUGGGAUUUGGGGCAAACUUGCCUCCACCCACCGACACAGCGACAUUGGCCCUGCUGUCACCCAGCAGCUGUCCCUGCUUUCCAGCAGCACCAGCACAACCUGCCCACACCCAGCUCCAGGCAGCUGCUGCCCAGCCGAGGGGGGGAAGUGGUUAUGGGAGGAAGGAUGGCUGAGAGCAGGUAGAGCAGUGACUGCAGGCUCUGCAGCCCUGGGUCUGUCCUCACCACGGGAUUGUGUCACUGAAGACCUUCCCUUCCUCUUGCAAGAGAGAAAAUCAACUCAUUCCUCUGGCAUUAGCUGAGUGUGUGCACAAAGCAGGGCCUUCCCCACUUUGAGAAGCACAGAGAAGUGAAGUUUGUGCUGUUAACGGGGCUGAAAGACAGUAGAUUUCUGAGCUUGCCCUUAAAGCUGCCCUGAAACAGCCAGGUAUAUGCAGACUUUUCCAUAUCUGCCUCCUAGGCCUUUUCCUCUCCCUCCUCUUCCACUUCCCCAGAGAAAUCAGAAGAGACCCUUGACUGUCUCUUGCCUCAAACGCUGCAGGUACGUGGAAGAAUCAGAUGGAGUGAGAGAAUUGUUUCAGCAAGCCAGGAGCGCUCGAGCGGUUGUGAGAUGUGGCAGUAGCAGGCAGAAGAACACAACACCCAAGAGGGAGGGGAAGUGGGGAAGGAAAGAUAACCCAACACACAUUCACAGAAAGAGCAAGAAAGCAGAGGGAGGACUCGCACUGAUGGUUUUCCAGCCCGGGGGAAUAAACCAGAGUGGUACAAGAAAGCCAACUGAAAGCAGAAGUGCGUGAGAGGAGAGGGAAGCAGCCGCCACUCGCAGCUGCACGGGCUGCCCUGGGAGCCAGAGGGGUGGGAAGCCCCCGAGCAGCCGCGGGGAGAGCAUCUGAGGAAGAGCAGAAGGAAGCAGGAAGGCUCUCUGUGAGCUCCUAGCUCCAGUUAACAACCAUGGAUAUUUGUAAGAUUCCUGAAAACGCCUCCAAGUGCAGCGGGAGCACCAUGGAGUGCUUCAUGGUGCUCAGCACACAGGCACAGAAGAUAAGCAUUGCCACCCUGUGCUGCCUCUUUGGGACACUGUGUGUUUUCGAGAACUCCUUGGUGCUGUACUUGAUCUUCUCUUCCCCCAGGACCAGGAAAAAGCCUUCCUACAUCUUCAUCAGCAGCCUGGCCCUGGCUGACAUCCUGGCCAGCAUCAUCUUUGUCUGCAGCUUUGUGAACUUCCACGUGUUCAACGGAACUGGUUUCUCCAAGGAGGCGUUCCUGCUGCAGCUGGGAGGGGUGAACACCUCCUUCUCUGCCUCCCUCAGCAGCCUGCUGCUCACAGCCCUGGACCGCUACGUCUCCAUCAGCCGACCCUCCGAGUACAAGCUCCUGAUGACGAGGAGAAGAGCCUGGAUAGCCCUGGGAGUGCUCUGGGCCACCUGCGCCGCCGUGGCUUCCCUGCCCCUCCUGGGCUGGAACUGCUGCACGCUGGACUCCUCCUGCUCCGAGCUGUUCCCCUUCGUGGACAACAACUACCUGUCGGGCUGGGUGUGCCUCACCCUGCUCCUGCUGGGCUGCAUCGUCUACGCCUACGCCCACGUGCUGUGGAGGGCCCACCAGCACGUGGCCUACAUGGAGCAGCACCAGGCACAGGCCGGGAAGCAGAACACCCGCAUGAGGAUGGACGUGAGGCUGGCCAAGACCCUGGUCAUGGUGCUGGCUGUCCUCGUGCUCUGCUGGUCCCCCGUCCUCGUGCUCAUGAUCUACAGCUUCUUCUCCAGGCUGAGCGACCGCCUGCGCAAGGUGUUCGCCUUCUGCAGCACCCUCUGCCUGCUCAACUCCAUGGUGAACCCCAUCAUUUACGCCCUGCGGAGCAAGGAGCUGAAUUCCUCCCUGAGGAGGGUGUUUUCUCACUUCAGGAGGCAGCUGAAGGCCCCUGAGGAGAGCCCGGAGGCUGAGAGCACCCACAGGUCCUCCGUGGUAGAGACCGUCUGCGAGGACGUGCACGUGACGUAAGGGAGGCAUCUGUGGGAGACCCGUGAACUCAGGCUGGCAGAAACAGCCUGGAUCACUUUCCUGUUUCUUUUCUCUUCUGAUGGAGGACCUGGGAGAUGAGGAUCAGCUGCCUGCCAUGGAGACAGCUCCCGCUGAUAUUGUCCUUCAAUGCUGGGACAUGAAGCGCACGGACUUUGCCCUCAGGCACAUGGUGGGAUUGUUGGGGUGUCCUGUGCAGGAGCUGGACUUGAUGAUCCUUGCUGGUCCCU